UUCAUCGAGACAUGGAUCCAGCCACGUUGCAAGUCUUCCAGCAGGAACUCACAUGCCCAAUUUGCAUGAACUUCUUCCUAGACCCAGUUAGGAUAGACUGUGGACACAACUUUUGUAGAUCCUGCCUUUCUCUGAGCUGGGAGGAAGCCGAGACUCCCAUGUGCUGCCCAAUGUGUAAGGAGAUGUCAGAGAAGACAAACUUCAAAACCAAUGUCGUGCUCAAGAAGCUGGCUUCUGCUGCCAGAAAGUACCAAUUGAACCAGGUCACCAGGUUGCAGGAGCAGGUCCCUGGUGAGCAGACAGAAGCAGCAGGGCUCCUCACAGAGGUGGACAAGAGCCUGCACUACCAGCCUCUCUCUGGAUGCCCACAGCCAGAGAUACAUGACCACACCAUGAUGGAAUGUGCUGCUGAGGAGUCCCGGGUGAGUAAUGCCUCCAGAGCCAUGUGGAUUCUCUGGGAUCCUGAACUAGAGAGAAAGGUGGGGAUUUGUGGAAAUGGAGUGGAAGUGGGUGAGAAUGGAGACUGUGAUGGUAGUGAUUUUUCCCUGUGA